GUCAAAAUGGCGGCACGCUGCAUGUGAAAGGGUCGAAACGGAGCCGGCUUUAUGAACCCAGAACAUGUAUAAAACACCAUGUAGCAGACUGUCAGGUUUGGUUGGUGUGAGUGUGAAACAGAAACUACUUCAAAAUAUUCCUCGAUGUAACCAGGCUGCUCGGAGCCUUAUUCAGCUGCACAGAAGAGAUCCAUCAAACUGGUCGACUUAUCAGCAUCUUACCUUCCUUAAACGCCAGUAUGUAGCAAAGAGCAGCAGUGAGCUUCACCAACGUGCCGUCCCGAAACAGGCCCCUGUCCUCACCGUUGUGGAUGAAAGGGAGGACAGUGUUGAGAGGCAGGUACAGAGGAUACCAACUAUUGAUCCUGUGGCCACAGAGGUUGUGCCGCAGUCAGAGGAUGUCACCAGUAAGACGCAGCCUGAAGUCUCCACUUUGAACUCCACUGCAGAAGAUGUGGCAGUGCAGAAAGAUGCUGUGUGCAGAACAGUCGCGGUUUCAGGUGAGACUCCACAUAUCCAGGUGGAGACAGAAGAGGCAAGGGAGGCACGUCUAGACAGACAAUGGAAGCAGCUGAAGGUUCAUAUGGCUGACCUACCGGAUAUCUAUGCCAGACUGGCCAAAAUCAAGCUUACAGCGUUGGUGGUUACAACUGCAGCAGCUGGAUAUGCAAUGGCUCCGGUGCCCUUUGACCCUCUCAUGUUCUUCGUAUCUUCUCUGGGAACAGGCCUCGCCUCUUGUUCUGCCAAUUCCAUCAACCAGUACUUUGAGGUGCCCUUUGACUCCAACAUGAACCGUACAAAGAACCGUCCACUGGUCAGAGGACAGAUCAGUCCCCUCCAUGCCGUGUCCUUCGCUCUGGCCUGUGGAAUUCCUGGAGUCGCUCUGCUCACACUGGCUGUGAACCCCUUAACAGGCUUCCUGGGUGCCCUCAACAUCUUUCUCUACACCUGUUGCUACACACCACUCAAGAGGCUCAGUAUCACCAAUACCUGGGUGGGGGCAGUGGUGGGUGCGAUACCUCCUGUCAUGGGCUGGACGGCUGCCACAGGUUGUCUGGAGCCAGGUGCUUUGUUGCUGGGUGGUUUCCUGUACAGCUGGCAGUUCCCCCACUUCAACGCCCUCAGCUGGAACUUGAGGGAAGACUACUCCCGCGGCGGCUACCGCAUGAUGUCCGUCACCCACCCUGGCAUGUGCAAGCGUGUGGCCCUGCGCCACAGCUUGGGUCUGAUCGGCCUGUCGACAUUAGCGCCCGUGCUGGACGUCACCACCUGGACCUUCCCCCUAAUCUCCCUCCCCAUCAACCUGUACAUCAGCUACCUGGCCUUCCGCUUCUACCGCAAGGGAGACCGCAGCAGCGCCCGCAAGUUGUUCUUCUGCAGCCUGUGGCACCUGCCCAUGCUGCUGCUGCUGGCGCUCACUUGCAAGAAGCCUCGCAGAGACCAGACGGACGCGGGUCUACCUCCAGCUCCUUCUUUACCACUCACACUGCAGAGCUAACUAGUUUCAUAGAUGCCCCGACACCUCUAAGACUCGCCUAGUGUUUUCCCCUGACCACCCAUCAUGCUUGGUGGGGGCUGGGUGAUGGACACAUUAUUUUACCUGUGUGUUUAAUUCGAGAAAGCGGUUCUCACUGCAGAUAAGAAAAUGAAAUGGAAAUGAUUCGGAUCAAAACGGCUGAUUUACAGAAAACACACAGAAUUAUUACAUCAGGUUGUAAUCAUUUCCAUGUGUGUGUGCUGUAUAUAUUCUGUAUUUAUUUACACAGGGGCCCUCCGGUUCCUCUCCAUGUUGUACGACUGAUGUUAAAUGAUCUUGUACAGUGUAAAUUGCUCCUGUGGAUCCACACAGCAGUACUGUCUGCAGAUGACCCCAUGCAUUGUAUAAAUGCAAACUAAAAGGUGGACAUGAAGACAUCAUGUAAUCAAAAGAUUUCUAUUUGAUCAUCAGUAAGAGAGAGUACGAAAAUAGGACAAAUAUAAAGUUAUUCUGAAGCAGCUGUAACACUGCACCUGAUAUCUGGUGAUUGUUUGACUUUUACUUGAUCCCUGCUACUUGACAGUUAAUAAGCCUCAUUGUAUUUUGCGACUGAGCAAACGCACUGAUGGGUCUUCACUCAUUUACAUAAUGCGUUCUUUCAAAACGGUUUGCCUGCUCCACAACAAAGGGAAUAACCCUGUAAGAAACACAAGGGUAAAUGUUCUCUAACAAUAAACACAU